ACGCUCGGCAUAGAAGUGGGUCAUCAGCUGACCUAGGGGCGGGUACCUUCAUUGUGCGUCUUUACCGCGCGCUUUUUACGCACAGGCAAGCGCACAGCACCUUUAUGUGAUCCAGGCUAUAUGCUAAAGUAGCUCCAGCGUUAGCCUCAAAACACCGCAGGUCCACAAAAGACACUCGUUAUCGACGAAGUUAACCGGUCUGACCGACGAUCUACGCGUCCAAAGGGAAAGUGCCAUUGGCCUGCGACAGCGUAGUGUUCGCCAACAAACUUUGCUAUGGGCAAAAAGUCUCGCGAAGAAGACUCCUCAUCAUCUGAUGAGGAAGAGUAUGUUGUGGAGAAGGUGCUGGACAGGAGAGUGGUGAAAGGCAGGGUCGAGUUCUUCCUCAAGUGGAAAGGAUAUUCAGAAAAACACAACACCUGGGAGCCAGAGAAGAAUCUGGGCUGUCCUGAGCUUAUUUCAGAAUUCAUGAAGACUUAUAAGAAGAGCAGCAGCAGCAGUGGUGGAAGCUCCACGCCCAGCAGUGGGGCCAGCAAAUCAGUCACAGGCUCCUCGGGUCGCACCAAAGACUCCAGUAGCUCGAAGAAGAGAAGCUCUGACGACGAUGAGGAGGAGGAGGAAGAAGAGGAGGAGGAUGAGGAGGAGGUGGAGGGUGGAAGUAAGCCCAAAAAGAAGAAGAAGAAGGAGGAGGACAUUCUAGUUGCACGUGGCUUUGAGAGAGGACUGGAGCCAGAGAAGAUCAUUGGCGCAACUGACUCAUGUGGAGACCUAAUGUUUCUUAUGAAGUGGAAAGACUCCGAUGAGGCCGAUCUUGUGCUCGCCAAGGAGGCCAAUAAUAAGUGCCCACAGAUCGUCAUAGCCUUCUAUGAGGAACGUCUCACCUGGCAUGAAGACAGUGACAAGAAGGAGAAGGACGCGGUCACAGCAUGAGUGCAUCACCUCAGGAGGAAGCUGCAGGGACAACCUUGAGUCAGACAUUUUUCACACCCAAACCUCCCAUCUUUGCUCUUCACCAUGUCCAACAAAGACAGCGAACACAGUCGUGUUCUCUCCAUCCAUGCCCCAUUGGAGCACAAAGGCCCCAGACUGCUGAGCAGGAUCCAUCAGACAGGAGGGGGAGCUGUAGCAGACAUGGGUGACAUGCUACUGGGGAGGGGUUCUGCUGUUCUGUCUUUGUAUUCUGUUCUUUCCUUCUGCAACACAUAUCUCAGAAAACGGUUGUGUCAGUAAGGUAUGUUGCAUCUCUGACCACAUGUGGCCAUCUGUUAAAACUCAGAACAUAGUCCAGAGGUGGUGAAAGCUGUGUCAACUGUGAGCUUGUCCCAUGGCAGGUGCAACCCCCCCCCCCCAUCAUCAUUAAGUCCAGUGCAUCUCUUUGCUUUAAGAACCCUCUUAACACCACUGAGGAUAAAACGGUAGUAUUAAAUAUUAAGGAAGCAACCACCGCAGUGCUUUCCUGGCUGCAUAAUCACUUCCUUUUUAAAAACUUUUUAUCUCUUGUUUUUUUCAGUUUGUCCUCUCUACCGGUACAUAAUUACUCAAUUUGCAAACUUGCAGAAGACACCGGCCAAUAUGUCUUUAUAAUGUUGUGAUGAUAUCUUUGUUCAUUUUUUAUGAAAUUGUCAUUUUUAUCUCUUAUUUCCAAGUUUAAACGUGAACGUUGUGUGGUGUUUUUUUAAUUGCUUUACCCGAUCACUAGUUCAAGAAACGGACAUAAAUGAACAGGAAAAUAACAAUUUUGCUCACUUCUGAACCUUUUUGUUUGUUUUUAAAAUUGCAUUGUUAUCUUUGGACCAGUCUCAUGUUCACGGGUUAGACAAUCGUCACUGUAUCCACAUGAAAUGAAACCAGCAUCAAUCACCCACCAUUGGGGGGCUGCCACCUUGUGGCUAAAGGAUGGGAAUCUUUUUGACCAAGUGACCGUUCUCUCUGAUGACAAGCCUGCAGUUUUAAUGGUGUUAUGGAUCUCGUUAGUUAGGGAUACUUCGAUAGUUUU